AUGAGAUUUAGCCAGUUAGUUAGCUUGAAAAGACAUGAGAGGGUGUACACAGGAGAAAAGCCACGCCAUUGCUCCCAGUGUGGAAAGAGUUUUAAGCGGAUAGACACCCUCAAAGCUCAUGAGCGAAUACACACAGGGAAGAAGCCUUACCGCUGCUCCAAGUGUGGAAAGCGUUUUGGCCUGAAAGCUCAUGUGCGAAUACAUACAGGGGAGAAGCCUUACCACUGCUCCCAGUGUGCAAAGCGGUUUACCCAUUUAAGAAGCCUGAAAGAACACAUGAGACUGCACACAGGGGAGAAGCCUUACCAAUGCGCCCAGUGUGCAAAGCGGUUUACCCAUUUAAGAAGCCUGAAAGAACACAUGAGACUGCACACAGGGGAGAAGCCUUACAAAUGCUCAGACUGUGGGAAGACAUGUUACACAUCACAGUCACUUAAACAUCAUGUGCGAAUCCACACAGGAGAGAAUAAUUACUUCUCCUAG